CCAAAAGGAGAGGAAAACAAAAUGCCUGCUAUGGCAAUGGAAGAGAAAGAAAAUGGAAGUAGUAGAAAUGUGGAGGAAAAUCCUGAAUACUCUCUGAGACAUAGCUUAAAAACAACUAUUUUGGAUGUUUCUAAUAUUCUUCCUAAAAUAAAACCUUUUUAUACAAGUGAUGAAAAAGGCCUUUUUAUAACAGAAAGAAAACUUGGAAAAGACUCUGGAUUUAAUGAUGAUGUUCCCAGGGACUUUCUUAACCACAGUAAUAAUGUAGGAGAAACAGAAGUUGAAAAUCCUUUUGCAAAUGCUCAGCAGUCAUGUAGCAGGCCGAAAGGAAAUCUUGAUGAAGACCUAAAACAAGAUCUGGAAAGAUUUAAGAGUAAGGUAGGGAUGCUGCAAAUAGCAUUCCGGACUUUGGAGAAAGAGAAGGCACAGCUCCAAAAAGAGGUUGGGAAGGAAAAAAGUUUCAAAACAGAGGCGGUGACAAAACAGGAAGAUGUUGAUAAAUUAAUUACACCACCAGGCAACAUUCCUAAUAAGCAAAUGAAGCAAGAGCUUACUCUAAGGAAUAAUGAUGGUUCGGAAAUGGAGAAUGAAAAUGUUGUAGAGGAAAAAGACAAAAAGAAUUUUUCUUCUGAGGAGAAACCAGGAUUGAUUAAAAUGUCAACGAAAAGGUAA